GUUUUUUUUUUUUUUCUUUUCUCAACGUCGUUUCGACCGUCAACAAAAAUCUGUUCGAUUUUUCCUCGCGCCGUCUCGCGUGCCGCCCGUGUCCGGAUAACUACGCUGCGUGACACUCCGCCGCGAAGACACGAUAUACGAUAAGAUAUUAUUAUAUAAGAAUCAUGUGACAAAAAAAUUCACUGUCUCACGCUGCCUUGUUUACUCACACCUGUCAAAUGAUUAAGUGAUCGGCCGCGGGCGGAGAGCAUCGUGAAGCGCGGACCGGCCAUGUCGUCGGAGACGGCGCCCAACUGCGGUUACGGCAGCAGCGAGGAGACCGCCGCGCUGCUGGUCAAGAGUCCGCCGCCGGUCGUCCGGUCUUCGUCCGUGGCGGCCGCCGGCCCGUCUUCGUCGGCCGCCGCCACCGGGGCCGGCACCUCCACGCCGUCCACCGGCAAACCGGUGCUCACCCGGCAGGACUGCACCACUUCGCUGAUCCCGCACCACUACCGGGACCUGCGGAACGCCACGCCGACGCUGGGCAGCAGCGACGACAGCGGGCCGCCCGCGGACGGCGGCGCGGCCGCUAGGUCGGUGCCGGACAUCGAGCUGCACUGCCGGUACCUGGCGGUGUCCCGGUGCCAGUGCCUGCGGCGCAAGAGCCACUGCAUUUCGCGGUCCGUGUCCCGGGAGAGCGUCCGCGGCGGUUGCGGUUCGGUGGGCGUCGGCGGCGGCGUCGGCGGCGUCGGCGUCGGCGCCGCCGGUUGCUCGGCCACCGGUUACGGGUACGGUUACGGCGCCGGCGGUUGCGGCUCGAUCGGCGGCGUAGGCGGCGGCGGCGGCGGCGUCGGAUCCGCUUACGGACUGUCACCGCCGCCGCCCGUCCUGCUCACCACGUCGCCCAGCUCGCGGAUCAUCAGACAGAGCUCGCAGCCCGAGGCCACCGGCAGCGCGUCCAUGUGCUCGGGCCACUGUUGCCACAACAUCCACCACCAGCCCAGCUCGUCGCUGCGACAGCUCCGCGACCCGGCCGACAACAUUGCCAUGAUCGCGGCCGACUCGCUGCGGAUAAACGGCGCGAUCAGACAAUUUCGACAGGCGGGAAUCCUGCUCUCAGCUCAGACGUUGGCGGCUCAGGGGACUCAGGCGCGUCGGGCACGACUCAGACGUGCAUUGACAGAAGCUGCGAAUUCAGACACAGUUCCAAUCAUCAAAACGCUGCGAAAGCAUACGUCAUCGACAUUGUCGAUCACUAGUGGGAUGAAGGUUAGCGGUUCUGGUGGCCGAGGCGAUAGCGGCGUAGUGGGCGAGGAAGCCGGCAUAGCAUUGGUUAGCAUACAUUCCGACUAUCCCCGCUACACCGAAGAACGUACCGGGUUGGUGUGCAAGGGUACCAGCUUAGUAGGUUCCAGUGGUAAUAUAACUGGCAGUAAACACAAGCCAAACGUCGGAUACAGACUGGGUAGGCGUAAAGCACUUUUCGAAAAACGAAAACGAAUCAGUGAUUACGCUCUAGUGAUGGGAAUGUUUGGGAUUAUAAUCAUGGUCAUCGAGAAUGAGUUAGCCAGUGCAGGAGUGUACUCGAAAACGUCAUUCUAUUCUACUUCACUGAAAACGCUCAUAUCCGUAUCCACUAUCAUUCUGCUGGGAUUGAUCAUGGCCUACCACGCACUCGAAGUACAGUUGUUCAUGAUUGACAAUUGCGCGGACGACUGGCGGAUCGCGAUGACAUGGCAGCGGAUAGCCACCAUCACGAUGGAGCUGGUGAUCUGCGCGAUCCACCCGAUUCCCGGUGAAUAUUACUUCGAGUGGAAAACCAAGCUGGCCAACAAGCACGGUAAACUGGAGACCCGGUGGGUGCCAUACGACGUGCCGCUGUCGCUGCCGAUGUUCUUCCGGCUGUACCUCAUCUGCCGGGUCAUGUUGCUGCAUAGCAAACUGUUCACGGACGCUUCUUCCCGCAGCAUAGGCGCCUUGAACCGGAUCAACUUCAACACGAGGUUCGUGCUGAAGACGCUCAUGACCAUAUGCCCGGGCACGGUGUUGCUCGUGUUCAUGGUGUCCCUGUGGAUAAUCGCCAGCUGGACGCUCAGACAGUGCGAGAGGUUUCAUGAUGAAGAUCACGCUAACCUGCUGAACUCCAUGUGGUUCAUAGCGAUCACGUUCCUGAGCGUGGGCUUCGGAGACAUAGUGCCAAACACUUACUGCGGUCGUGGCAUUGCGGUCACCACUGGCAUAAUGGGUGCCGGGUGCACAGCACUUCUAGUGGCUGUUGUGUCACGAAAGAUGGAACUGUCUAGAGCAGAGAAACAUGUCCAUAACUUCAUGAUGGACACUCAACUUACAAAACGACUGAAAAACGCUGCGGCCAACGUUCUCAGAGAGACUUGGCUGAUCUAUAAACACACUAGACUGGUGAAAAGGGUGAAUGCAGGCAGGGUUCGAACACACCAACGAAAAUUCUUGUUGGCCAUAUACGCGUUGAGAAAAGUAAAAAUGGACCAAAGAAAAUUAAUGGACAACGCAAAUACAAUAACAGACAUGGCCAAAACUCAGAACACUGUUUAUGAAAUCGUAUCAGACAUGAGUAACCGAUACGAUGCGUUUGAAGAACGUUUGGUGAAUCUUGAAGAUAAACUAGUAGCCUUACAAGAACAGCUGGAGCUGUUACCGGAGAUCCUGACCCGGUGCAUAGCGCAGAACCAACAGAACCAGCCGAACACCGCCAACCCGUCGUCGACGACAGAGUCCAGGCGCAACUUCCUGCACCCGGAAUCGGCGGCCGCGGUGGCCACCGGUGGCCUGAUGCAGCCGUCCGUCUCGUCACCAGCGGGUAGCAUGACCGGCGUCGGCGGCAACCCGCUGAUGUUCCCAUCGUCCUCGGGCGCCCCGGGCAGCGGCAUGAUGUUGGCCAUGGGCAACGGGUCGACGGUCAUGUCGCACUCGCGCAGCGUGCCGCCGACCGGUGCCGGCGGCGCGUCCCAUUACCACUGGCCCACCAGUCCCAUAUUGCCGCCCAUCAGCAGCCGGACGCCGCAUUUAGUGCCCGAGCCCAUCCAGCCAUCCAGCUGAGCCCACGCCCGACCGCCGCCCAUCGGAACAAACAUGUGUCAGCGUUCGUUUUGAAAUCAGCCGAACGACUGGAAAACGAUUCGAAAUCGUCUACGUACAACUUAUCUACGUUAAUAUAAUAAUAUUAUAAAUAUAAUAUAUUAUUAUUGUUAAAAUACUUAAGUAGAACUAAUUAAUGUUAAACACGAAAAAAAAAUACUUUGUUAUUUCUACUAGAAAUUAGUAAGAAUUGCUCAGAAUAUACAAGUGGAUUUUAAAAUUUCGCAUAGGUCACGUUCAACGAGAUAUGUAGAAUUGUAUACGCCAAAAUGGCUUUUAUUUUGAUUUUGAUUUUUUUUUAAUAUUGUUAAAAUUUAUAAAUUUAUAAAAUUAAAUAUUAAAAUGUAAUUAUAUUAUUAAAUGUCUUUAUAGGUAGGUAUUUUAUCGCUUUAGGAUGAUUGCGCGUAACGUACAUUAUUAUAUUUUUCUACGAAAAUCGAUUCUAAAUAACCAUUAAAAAUCUUUAUAACAAUAUUAAAUAAUAUUAAUAUUAAUAUAAAUUAAUAAUUAAAUAAUCACUCAUAAAAUAUAUAAUAAUAUAUUCGGUAGAGCUUCUUAAUUAUUUAAGAAUUACAAUUUGAAAUAAAAUAUAAUUUGACUAUACCUACAUAAUAAUAUAUAUGGUGUCCAAGCGAUAACUCUUGAAUGAACAAAUACAUUGCAAACAUUUUAUACACAUUAAAACAAAUAUAAAGUUUAAGGGACGUGCACCAAAUCCCAUAAUUUAUGUAAAUUUUAUUUUUAAAUAAUAUUGUUCUAGAUUAUAAGUUUCAAAAAAAAUUAAAAUUAUAGUUUAUCUUUUUUUUCGUUACCCAUUUGUUUAUUUAUUUUUUAUUCGUUUAAUAGCGUUCCGUUAUGAUUAGUUAAGUGAAAAAAAUUAGCUCACAGAAAUUGCAUAGUAUAUACCUAUUCGUAUAUACAUCACGUUGUUUAAUUAAAUACUUACAUUGACUAUAAUUUAAUGAAGUUCAAAUGAAUUUGAAUCACUGUAUUUAAAGUUUCAACAAAAUACAUAUCAUAGUGUUUAAUAGGUUUGAGCAUAGAUGGUAUUAUUUUCUAAUAAAUCUCAACGACUCGCUGGCAAUCCGAUAAGUGAUUUUACAAUAUUUGCAAGUUUUUAUAAGGGUUCACGAAAACAAAAGGGGACAUUUUGAAUCAGGACCAAAUCCGUAAUUAUAACUUAAAUAUUAUAUAUAUAUAUUGCUAUUAAAUUAUUAUAGUUUAUUAUUAUUAAAAUAAUUUUAAAUAUAUUCAAUGAACGUUAAGUGUUAAAUUUUGAGUAACAUACUUACGUUAGGAACUAUAAGCUUUAUGAUAUUUCACGUUUUCUUGAAAAAAUAAAAUUAAAUAAAUAAUAAAAUAUUGAAAUCAAAUAUUUAUAUUAUAUAGCUAUGUUAUGCUUAUGACAUUAUGUUAUAUAUCUGUAUAAUAUAAUAAUUGUACUUAAAUUUAUACCCCUGUUAUUAUUUACAAUUUUCAUUAAAUUUUUUUAAAACUUAUUUAGAAGUGCCUUGAGUUAUCUUUAACUUUUACAUUUCAAUUUUUUAUUAUAAAAACAAGUAUUAUUAUUAUUUGUAAUGCAUUUAAAUUUCAUUUAUUUGUUUUGUAAAAAGUAUAUUUUAAAACCCAUGAAAGUUAAAUGUGCCUUAAUGUGAUUAGGCCAAAUUAAGUUAAUGAAAUUUUUUUCUAAAUAAUAUACGUAGAAGGCAUUAUUAUUGAUUUAGUAUUUUUUUUUUAAUUUGAAAAGAGUCGGAAACUGCAAUGUUUCGCAUCCACUUAUCAUUUUUCAUAUUUGUCAACUUACUUAAAUAGCUAUAUAAAUACCGUUGACGAACUACUCGAUGUUCGCACUCCCGCAGUACAGAAGUAGAUUCUGAUUGAAAUAAAAAAACAAAAUGUAUUAAAUAAAUUGUGACAAAGUGUUGAUUGAAAAAUCAACUAAAACUUGAAUUUUUAGUCACCACUAAAAUAAACUCAGUCCAAGAUCAUAAAGAAUAUAAAUAUUAAAAAAAAAACUUAUUAUACUUUUUUCCAUAAACUGUACGGAAAGUAAUAUCGCUGCCAACUACCUUACAAGAUAAAUAUUAUGUAACAAUUUAGUAAUAUUUAUUUUCAAGUGAGUAAUCCAAUAGUACGUAUAUAUUAUAUUAAUACUCACCUAUUAUGAUAUUUUAUUUAUA